UGUCGCUGCUGCUUUCUUAUUCUUCUUUCCAAUUUCGAAACGUUUGUAAGCGGACUCGAUCUGUUUAGGGACCCAGCGGGAGCACGCGUUGAUCGGGUUACAAUGAUGUGUGCGCUCCCGUGAAACCAGCGGGGCAGCCGGUAGUUUAUCUACGGGAGGAAAACGCACCUUACCGGGAGCCAUGGGAGGUCAGAUGACAAGGAAUACCUUCUACGACACUAUGAGCGUCCCAUAUCCCACGACAACGCAGCGAUGCCAUCACAAGCCCAAGCGCUGCCCUCCCCUCCAGCCCUGUGCUCUGUCCUCCUCCCCUCUCCUCUUCCACCCCAGCACCAAAGGCUGUCAGAUCCUCAUGGACCAGUCCCAGAGGAUCGUCAAGAGACAGGGGAGCUUCUGCAAUGGCAUCACCUUCACCAACAGGCCCAUCGCCGUGUACGAGCAGGUCCGACUCAAGAUCACGAAGAAGCAGUGCUGCUGGAGUGGUGCCCUGCGUCUGGGCUUCACUUCAAAAGACCCUUCGAGGAUCAACCCGGACCACCUGCCCAAGUACGCCUGCCCCGACCUGGUGUCUCAGAGCGGCUUCUGGGCCAAGGCUUUACCAGAGGAGCUCUCCAACGAAGGCACCAUCAUCUCCUUCUGGGUGGACAAGAAGGGGCGUGUCUUCUACCGCGUCAACCAAUCCAGCCCCAUGCUUUUCUUCAGCGGCGUGCACAUGUCUGAACCACUCUGGGCGCUCAUAGACGUGUACGGGCUGACCAGAGGAGUCCAGCUUUUGGAGAGUGAGGCGGUCUCCAUGGAUUGUCUCCGUCCCCGCACAUAUGCCACCCACCGCGCGUCCAUCCAGCGCUCCAGACCUGACCCUCGCCUGUCCAUCAGCUUAUGUGACCUCAGCUUACAGCAACAAGAUGAGGAAGACUCUGACGAAGACCAACCAAUCAGCUCCAGCUCCUGCCACGUCCCCCAAAACUCCCAGAAUUCCCAGCAGUGCUCCCUCCUCCCCUCACACCUAGACACCGACCUCCAAUUCCACCCCAUCCACGGUAUACACGCAACAAUUCUCGACAAGCACACAGUCGCCAAGCUCGAUCACGCCGACGAACGCACGCUCGUGUUCACCAGCCGACCGAUGAAAUGUUCCGAGACUGUGUUCCUAAAAGUGACAAAGGCAGGAGCGAAGAGACCGGGCGCGCUCUCAUACGGGGUGACAUCAUGUGACCCCAGCACCCUGAGGCCCAGCGAUUUGCCAUGUGACCCGGAGUCGCUGGUGGACCGCAAGGAAUUCUGGGCCGUGUGCAGGGUGGGGGGGGUCCUGCAGGGGGGAGACAUCCUGGGUUUCUCUGUGAAUGCGGAAGGAGAGGUGCUCAUGAGCAUAAAUGGGAAAAGCGCAGGCAUGCAGCUGUGUGUGGACAACUCCAGACCACUGUGGAUGUUCUACGGACUGCACGGAAUCUCACAACUCAGGAUACUAGGUUCGUGCAUGUCAGAUGUGAGAGGGCUCUCUGUCCCCAGCUCUCCGUCCUGUACACCUAACGCUCCCUCUCUGCUUUACAACUCUGAGUCCAACCUGAGCUCACCUCUCAACUGCAGCCUGAACUCAAACUACAGCUCGGCCUUCUCCUCCUCUGCAGGCACAACCCCGAGCUCCCCGUUCUGCAGCCUCCCGGAGUCUCCCACCUUCCCCGCCAACACGUGGAGUGAUGAGUGCACCAUCUGCUAUGAGAAUGUGGUGGACACUGUGCUGUACGCCUGUGGACAUAUGUGUCUCUGUUACCCCUGUGGACUCAAACUCAAGAAGAUGUCCAACGCCUGCUGUCCGAUCUGCAGGAGAACAAUCAAAGACAUUAUCAAAACCUACCGCAGCACGUGAACUCUUGUUUGAUACCGCCAAAUACUCCAAAGCCAUUCAAGUGGUUCUAGGCUGCACAGUGCCAUGAAGUCAUCAGGGUGUUUUUCAGACUAUCAUCAUAUCACUGUCACCAUGAUAUAAUGAUAAUAAUAAUGGGCAAUCAAUGGACAAUGAGUGAUACCCUGACCCUAAGUGAUUUUAUGAUAGGGGUGGGUGAUAUGCAAAAAGGAAAAAAAAAAAAAAAAAAAAAAAAAAAACAGAACAUAAAAAUCUUUUCUUUUUUUUUGAGCCAGAUUACAAUUUAAAAUGCAUCAUGAUUCAUGUAAACAAUGUUUUUUGAAGUAGUAACUGAAGUCAUCUGCUUCACAUGUCAUUGCAGUUGGUUAAAUCCACUUAUAAGCAAUGUUGGGAAGUAACUGAAUACAUGUACCAAAAAUACACAUUCUGAAUACUAAUUUUGAGUACUGUGUUCUGGUACAGUUACUUUUUUAUUUGGUGGUAUUCAGAAUAGUUACCUUCCUAAAUUAAAAGGAAUACAUGGUGGUACUUUUGGCUAAUAAGACAUAAGUUAAUGCAUCGGGAAAAAAGGAAAAAAAAUACAGCUGUUCAUAAUGGUAUCUCAUGUUUUUACACUAUAAUGCAACUCAGUGUGAAAGCAUUCCAAGUAUUCACAAUACAGUACUGUAUUUGGCCCAUGUAUCGGAAUAUGUUACAAAAUACAUUUUAAUACAGAUAUUCAGUAGUCUGUAACUAAAUACAUUUUCAAAGUAUUCUUCCCGUCACUGCUUGCAGGUCACUAGUCACUAGUAGGUGUGGGUAGGAAAAAGCGUCUGUGUUUGAGCAUAGAGCCGCAUUCAAGAGGAAAUGGGUGAAUAAUGAUGUGAAAAUAGCAUAUCAUCAAAGGAAUGGGAAGACGAUUAGAUUUUAUCAACAUAUUCCCCAAGCUUAUUUUCGGAUUUAAACACAGGUAUUGACAGGUUCAGGCUGCGGUUUGUUUAGAUGGAAUUCUCAAAAGCAGUUUUUUUUUUUUUUUACAUUUAAUUAUGUCAGGAGUUACAGCACAUUUUUAUUUUUCA